AUGGUACAUAUGUAUGACUUGUUCAGCUCCGAACUGGAGGCAUCAUACAGUCGCGGCUUAGAAGUCAGCACGGUCUGCGACUUUGCUUCUGAUCCUCGUCUCAUCGUUAUUCAUUCCUUCGAUGUCAUCAAGCCUGGCGCAGAGGUCGAUGAACUCAAAAGUGGCGUUACCAGUGGUUCUGUCCUCACAGACGUCCUACUGGCUAGGCAAGAAGUCCAGAUUCGUCCGGAUCGUCUCUCUGCACGCCGAGAACAAUCACUUACAGUUCCAGGAGAGCUAAUUGGUAUUGGGACCAAGAUUGACCCUGCGCUGUGCAGAGCAGAUUGUCUCGUUGGUCAAGUAUUGGGUGCAAUUGAGAAGCUCCCGAGGGUCUAUACUGAGCUUGAAAUAUGUUCGUUCCUUCUCUGCUGCUUGCUGGGCAUUCGUAUGGGGGAGAAGAAACAAAGAAAGGUCUCGAAACUCGCCAAGGACGAGCUCCUGCUGGUCGACAUUGGGUCGACAUUGGCUGAUGGGCGGGUGGGACGCUUCGUUAGUUUCUAA